AGUGCGUUCAAGGACGACCAGAUUAAGAAAUGUUAAAUACCGAAAUGAUGAGGUUCAUUACGGCAAUUGUUGUCAUUACUCUCUUGGAUAUAGCAGCGUGCAACCAAGAUUUCGGCAGUCACUUCUUCGAAAAUACGGAUCCUGAUCAUUCACAAUCGGAUUUGAAUACGUAUUUGACGACUAUCAACACUCAACAAUCGUUUCAAAAAUCUCAAAGCUCCCAGUCAGAAUCAAACUCUCAACAAAAUGACAUAAAGAAUUACCAAGUCCAACAACCGUCAACGAUUUUAACCCCGCCGAAACUCAAUUAUUCACGUCAGUUUUUCUCACCGACCAGUCAAAAACCAUUUCGUUCAGUCUUCAGAAGUGGUAGACAAUUAGGUGGAGCUAUAGGUGGGAUUAAAGCCGUUUCGAUACCAGCUGGAUACACCGGAGCUAGCGUGUCUCCAGAAGAACGUGAUAAUCUUUAUAGCCCUGAGUUACGUAUUUUUGACAAAAGUCUGCUUGCUGGACCAGCCUUGGCCUCAGGGUUUGUCUCACAAUCAGAUGAUCUCAAUCAUCCGCCGCAUGUUCAUAGCAUUGAUGUAGAAUGCAGUAAAACCAUGAUGACAAUUAAUAUCGAAUUUAACCGCGUUUUUGACGGCAUUAUUUAUUCUAAGGGAUAUUACACAAAUCCGGAAUGUAUCCACGUAAAACCGAAUUCUGGCUUAAUACAAUACUCUUUCACUCUAAAUAUAAACUCCUGUGGAACUCAAUUUAUCAACGAUUUCGAGGGUGCAGCUGGUCAAGCGUAUUUGGAAAAUGUCCUCGUUUUACAAAAUGAAGUGGGUAUACAAGAAGUCUGGGAUGCAAUUCGAAGAGUACGAUGUCUCUGGGAAGGGAACAUCAAUAAGACGCUAACGGUGAAUCUCUCAGUAGAUAUGUUGAAUCAGGAGAUCGUUACCUUUAGUGGCGAUACUGCGAUAGCCAAACUAGAUAUUCAAAUAGGUAAAGGACCUUUUGCAUCAGCUGCCGAUGGACUCGUAAAGAUAGGAGAAACAAUGACCUUAGUAGUUUCCGUGGAGGGUGAUCCUGGUUUUGAUCUUCAGGUCCGCGAUUGUUUGGCGCGAGAUGAAGCUUCGACCAAUAUGCUGCAGCUCACCGACGAAAGAGGAUGCAUUUUAAAGCCAAAGUUGUUCGGUGCUUUCCAAAAGACAAAAGAUACCGGCAAUACAGGCGCUUCUAUUAUCGCUUACGCGUUCUUCCAGGCUUUCAAAUUCCCCGAUGUUAUGGAUCUAUUCAUCGAAUGUAAUGUCGAACUGUGUAAAACUAAUUGCGAAUCUUGUCCGGAAGCAAAUCAACAAAUCGAACCAGGAAGACGUCGUCGAUCGAUAACAUAUACACCAUCUUUAAAUAACACGACGAAUUCAGUAUUGUUAUCGGAUCCAUUUCGUGUUGGACGACAUUUCAAAGUGAUUUUAUUAGAUGACUUAAGCACAGCAUCUAAUUACAUUCUCAGUAAUUUGGAGAAAAGAGCUAUCAAGACGUUAACAAAAACAAAAGAAGUUUGCAUGAGCGACAAAGAAUUUUACAUAAUCUUCUCUCUUACAUUGAGCAUACUUUUCAUCGCAAUUAUAAGUGUGAUUAUGUUAUAUGUUAAAUUACAAUGGAUCCAGAAAUCGAAAUUUGUGGAUUUAUAAGAUAGUAUUACUUUUGCAAUAUUUAUUAUCAUAAUAAGACCAAAAAAAGAAUAGUGUAGAAGACUAUGAAAGCAUGCCUAAAAUUAUAUAAUAGCUCAAGCUAAAAAACUAUUAAUUUAUGACCGUGGCCUCGUAAUUAUUCAACCGCAAAGAAAAUGUUAAAAUUU